CGUGGCCAGUCUUACCAUAUCUGAAGAGACGAAAACAAUCCGAAACAAGUUAUAAAAAAGUUAUGGGAUUUAAAGUGCAGUGUCUCUAUAAUGAAACGUUAUAAAUUUAUGUGCAGAGAUUGUGAAAUUGCGGGCUCCGUUGGAUGUUCAGCUGAAUACCUCUUUGGUAUUGAAAACGUCAAAAGAUAGUUCGGCCUUAAUCGCUGAAUCUUUUCCGAAUUCUCCGAGAUCGCUGGCCUCAAAAAAUGGUCUUGAAACCACUGUCACAACAAGCUUAGUCUGUGAAAUCGGAAAUUUGUUACCCCUAAGAAUAAACAAAUAUGAGGGUCAAUCUGGUGUGAUCAAUUCUGUCAAUUUUGAUGUGAGAUCAAGUGAUAUUACUUUUAAUCUCAGCACGUCGAUUUGAGGUAAUAAUCCAGAGUUAAUCGGAACGUUGUUGCCGCAAAAAUUACAGUCAAUAGUUCAACACAAAAUCAGUCCAUUGCGAUUCAUAAUUUUUGUGCCUGGAAAUCACCGUGGAUUGGACAAAUAUCUCUAAUAUGUCGUAUACUGAACUAGAGUACGGAUACCAGGAUCUGAAGAAUGCAACAAGACCGAUUUUCUACGUAGGAGAUACUAAGCCCGGGCAACACUGCCAUGGCCAAUCCUCAUCUUUGGUCUACCAUUCGUCGGUACGAGGUGAACUACCAAAGGGAUGUCUUGACGAAGAUAGCUGUAUGGGAAGUACAACUUCUUUGGAUGGGGAAGGAAAGCAAGUACUGGUGGGAGUCUGUGCGAUGGCCAAAAAGUCCCAGAGUAAACCAAUGAAAGAAAUUCUUACUCGCCUCGAAGAAUUCGAAUAUUUGAAAAUUAUCGUUUUCCCAGAAGAGGUCAUACUGAAGGAACCUGUCGAAGAAUGGCCCAUAGUUGAUUGUCUAAUAAGUUUUCACAGCAAGGGAUUCCCACUAGAUAAAGCCAUACAGUAUGCAAGCUUGCGCAAUCCAUUCAUUAUCAACAAUCUUCGGAUGCAAUACGAUAUCCAGGAUCGCCGAAGAGUUUAUUCCAUAUUAAAUGGAGAGGGCAUCGAGAUUCCAAGAUACGCUGUUCUAGACAGGGAUUCUGCUGACCCAAAACAUCAUGAGUUGGUUGAAUCUGAAGAUCAUGUGGAAGUGAAUGGAAUAACGUUUAAUAAGCCUUUUGUCGAGAAGCCAGUAUCAGCCGAAGAUCACAACAUAUAUAUAUAUUAUCCUACAUCCGCGGGUGGUGGAAGCCAGAGACUAUUUCGAAAGAUAGGCAGUCGAAGCAGCGUGUACUCCCCAGAAUCUAGAGUUCGUAAAACGGGCUCUUAUAUCUACGAAGAUUUCAUGCCUACUGAUGGCACAGAUGUUAAAGUAUACACAGUGGGACCCGACUAUGCUCAUGCCGAAGCAAGGAAGAGCCCCGCUCUUGAUGGUAAAGUUGAAAGAGACUCGGAGGGAAAGGAAAUACGGUAUCCUGUUAUUCUGAGCAAUGCUGAAAAACUGAUAAGCAGGAAGGUCUGCCUUGCGUUUAAACAAACUGUUUGUGGAUUCGAUUUGCUGAGUUAUGCCUGUUUCAGAGCUAACGGUCAAUCAUUUGUUUGCGACGUUAACGGAUUUAGUUUUGUCAAAAAUUCUAACAAAUACUACGACGAUUGUGCUAAGAUUUUGGGUAACAUGAUUCUCAGAGAAUUAGCUCCAACUUUACAUAUUCCUUGGAGUGUUCCCUUCCAAUUGGAUGAUCCACCAAUCGUACCCACUACAUUCGGUAAAAUGAUGGAGUUGAGAUGUGUGGUAGCUGUGAUCAGACAUGGUGAUAGAACUCCUAAGCAAAAAAUGAAGGUUGAAGUUCGCCAUCCUAAAUUUUUUGAGAUAUUUGCCAAGUACGACGGUUACAAACAUGGUCACGUUAAAUUGAAACGGCCUAAACAGUUGCAGGAAAUUUUGGAUACUGCACGUAGCCUACUGACAGAAAUUCAACAUCGAGCGGCGGGUCCGGAGUUGGAGGAGAAACAGGGAAAACUGGAACAAUUGAAAAGUGUGCUAGAAAUGUAUGGACACUUUUCAGGGAUUAAUCGUAAGGUCCAGAUGAAAUAUCAGCCUAAGGGUAGGCCCAGAGGGAGCUCCUCAGAUGACGGUAAAACUAAUAACAGGUUUGGGGAGCCCUCCUUAGUGCUGAUUCUAAAAUGGGGGGGAGAAUUAACGCCGGCUGGACGAAUUCAGGCUGAAGAACUUGGACGAAUUUUUCGAUGCAUGUACCCCGGAGGUCAAGGUAGACACCUUAGCGGAGAAUAUGCUGGUGCUCAAGGCCUGGGCUUGCUUCGCCUGCAUUCUACAUUUCGUCACGAUUUGAAAAUUUAUGCCAGUGACGAAGGCAGAGUCCAAAUGACUGCAGCGGCCUUUGCCAAAGGUCUGCUUGCCCUGGAAGGUGAACUCACUCCAAUUUUAGUACAAAUGGUUAAGAGCGCCAAUACCAAUGGCCUUUUAGAUAAUGACUGUGACAGCAGUAAAUAUCAAAAUAUGGUGAAGACACGAUUGCACGAGCUGCUCCAGCAGGACAGAGAAUUUACUCGGGAAGAUCGAGAACAGAUCAAUCCGGGUAACGCGCUGAGCAUAAACGCAGCAAUGAAUUUUGUGAAAAAUCCAGUCAGGUGUUGUCAGCAUGUCCACAUCCUUAUUCAAAAAUUGAUGGACAUUGUUAGAAUAAAAAAAGAUGAUCCGAAAACGAAAGAUGCAAUACUGUACCAUGGAGAAACGUGGGAAUUGAUGGGCCGGCGAUGGGGUAAAAUUGAAAAAGAUUUUUGCACGAAAAACAAGAGAUUCGACAUAUCGAAAAUUCCCGACAUCUACGACUGUAUUAAAUACGAUCUUCAACAUAAUAAUCAUACAUUACAAUUUGAUCAUGCCGAGGAGCUCUACAUAUACUCUAAAUAUCUAGCAGACAUUGUGAUACCCCAGGAGUAUGGGCUAACUGUUCAGGAAAAACUCACCAUCGGACAAGGAAUUUGCACGCCUUUGCUGAAAAAAAUAAGAGCCGAUCUCCAGAGAAAUAUUGAAGAGAGUGGGGAGGAAACCGUUAAUAGAUUGAAUCCUAGAUAUUCGCAUGGAGUUUCCAGCCCCGGACGACACGUGAGAACGAGGUUGUACUUCACCAGUGAAAGCCAUGUGCACUCGCUGCUGACUGUACUACGAUACGGAGGACUACUUGAUGUGAUCAAAGAUGAGCAGUGGCGUCGCGCAAUGGAGUACGUUAGCAUGGUUUCGGAGUUGAACUACAUGUCUCAAAUUGUGGUCAUGUUGUACGAGGACCCAACAAAGGACCCAAGUAGCGAAGAGCGUUUUCAUGUCGAGCUCCAUUUUAGUCCUGGCGUCAAUUGUUGUGUCCAAAAAAACCUACCACCUGGACCUGGGUUCAGGCCCCACUCGCGCAACGAGAGUAGCCAUAAUCUUGGGGAAGCAGGGUCAGGGGCAGAAGGCAGCUCGCAGUGCAGCACUAGGAUCGAAGAGGAGGAUGCUGAAAUAAGUAGUUUAGAGGAUAACGCCACUAGUCUCGCUUCGCAAUUGACCACGUCACCUAUAGAUGAAACUGAACCUGCCUUGCCGCUGGAUAAUGAGAGUCCUAAAGUCAGCAGAGCCAUAGACAUGAGGGAUUUGGAUCCAAUAAUGGAUGAACCCUUUGACAGCGGCUUCUUGCAGAGUUCGGCUCCAAUUCCAAUUAGUGCAAGAACAGUGGCAGGGCACGAAGCUGCGAGAUUAGGCAGUCAACUUGCAGCGAAUCAACGCCAACGGCGGGAAUUGGAGGCAGCUGGAAUAAAUGAGCAACGAGCCAGAAGCUACGACCAUCAAAGGCAGGAAAAACCAGUCAAAACUGCCGAAAAAGUACACUAUCAAAGCCUGGAUGCAGUCAAUAAGGAAGCUAAUCUGAAUCGCUUCCGAUCAACAAUAUUUAAAUCUCAAGAAACUGUUGUUUACCCCGGUGAAAACUUUGAAUUAACAAAGUUGCCAACAUCCUUGGGGCGGUCAUUUACAUUAGCCGAUCACCUCGGCCCGCCAGAAAUGCCUGUAACCAUAAUUUGCAAAUCAAAAUCAUCUUCAAAUCCGUUGGUGACUUUUCACAGGGUUCCUAUUGCCUUUCCUGAUGCUUGGUGUUCAGCUCAGCAUAAGACAAAUGCUACUCACACUAUUUCUAUGCCACAAUUGUCAACGCAAUUCGAAACGUUUCAUAGAUCAUACACAGAAGCCAGUUUAUCCAAUUUAAGAGUCCAUGCAAGGCGUUAUCGUCACAGCGUCUCUGGACAGAUGACCUACUUCAAGAUGCUAGGAUACAACGUUAGCAAGAAACUUACCGGAUCUACAAACAGUUUGUUCAGCACAGCUGUCAUUAGCGGAUCUUCCAGCGCCCCUGACCUAAAAGACAUGGUGCCGCAACAUGCAUCUGCUGUAGCAGCCAUAGAUGGGUUUGGAGGAGUUCCACCAAUCAGGCCAUUGGAAACACUGCACAACGCUUUGUCCCUCAGACAGUUGGAUUCGUUUUUGGAAAUGAUGACCAGCCUGUCUUUUUUUCGGACUCCGGCCUCUUCGCCACCUAAAUAUCCAUCUCCUGGUGGAUCUGUACAUGGAUCGUUUUUACAAAAUCUGAGCAUAGGGGGAAUCAUUCGUGAAUAUAAUUCAGCUGACAACGAGGCCAUUAGGAACCAACUUUCACCGACCAGUCCGAACAGUGCAGGCUGGAGUAGUGGAGCCCCAUCAUUUUUGUCAUCCGAGCCAUCGUCUCCUGCCCCAACAUCGGCGGGAGAAUGCAGCAUGUCGACCAGCCUAGGAAGUAACGAUGGAAUGCACCUGUUCAAUAUGGUCCAUCAAUUUCCUACAACCCCAGAUGUGAAUCUGGAACGCAACAACGUCCGUAUGGGGAUUGAUCACGGCUGCAGAGAAAGCCGUGGUAGUAUUUCGUUCACUGAUUACUACAGUAAUGAAGAUGGUCAAAUUCUCAGAGCUUGCAAAGAAGACAAUUCCAAAAUAAGCAAAAUAUCCGGAUGGGUUGAAGAUGCGAAGAUUGUCGAUAAUAUUGACGAAGACGAGGACCACACACUGACGCUGAGGCAGAGUGAGGAGCAAAAGAAACAGGAUAUCAAAUUUAUAUUCGAGCAACAGGAAAAUCCCAAUCCAGUUCCAUCGAGUUAUGGCUAUAAAAAAAUUGGCAGAUUCAGAGUGGAAAGCAUGGAAAUAUCGGACGACGACGUAAGGGUGAAAGAUUAUGUCGCCGCGAGUAAUAGCGGCUCUAAAAAUCUUGGGAAAUCAACUCCAACUAAGGAGCAGCAUGUCCAGGAUAGAAAAGUAUCAAUACCACCGCUUAGCAAAGACAGCGAUAACGAUCAAAUAAGAUCGGAUCGGCCGUCCACCAGUUACCGAGAUGAUUCCGGUAAGAGUAGUUAUUCAAAAUCCCAAGAUGCACGGCAAUUGCCCGUGAAUCCAGAGUCGCAUACGAAUUUCCCCGGCGAUUAUUCGGCAGAAAUUUCCGAUGCUCGUCACGAGGAUCCACAAGACCCUGAAAAUUUGUUAAUCGAGCCAAUGGAAACAACUUCUAAUGAUGAGCCAAAUCUCGAUCAGCCUCUAGAACCUUUACUCACGCUUGCAAGCAGUCUGAACGACAGAGCAAAUGUUAAAAUUGGUUUUGAUGUUCGAAAUGAAAAAAUGGGGUAAAGUAUAAAAAAAAAAAAGUUCAAAAUAAUGAUAUUUAUUGUUCGUGUCCACGCAAACAACUUGGCUCAGGUAAUUUUGUUGGUAUUAUUCAUCUUUUACUGCUAUUCUUACUAUUCACUACACACGCAUUGGUAGAAAAAUCCGAAGUUAGUUCUAGGUGAGCCAGCACUAAUAAUAUACCCUUUCGUUAACUAACCUCUGGCUGUGCCCAAGGCUAAAUUUGCCUGAGUUGUGUAGAAAAAGAAUAAAAGUUCUUCUAUGGGCAUGAAAAAAGAAAAUUUUAUUGCUUGGGCACGGGUAUGAGAUUAAUUGAUAACCGAUGAUAGUGAAUCGUAAAUCACAAUAAAGGAAAGAUGCACAUUGAA